UGGAUUUAGUACGGCUAGGAGGACGACGACGAAAUGAUGGCGACCGCCGCAGAAGAAAUAUUUCAAAGCCCAUAUCCCAUUUCUGAGCGCCAUGUCACGACUAUGUCCAUCAAAAUUACGCGGAAAAACCAGGAUAAACCCUGGAAAUUGAGAUUAAUUUACCUGCAGUGCUAUUUUAUGUCAAUUGCAACGAUACUGGGAACUGGAAUCUUAGGACUUCCUGUCACAAUAGCACAUGCAGGACUCGUGCCUUUCCUGGUCUCCUUUAUAAUUGGUUUCUUUGUGCAGGCUCUCCUCAUAUUCCUCUUUGUUGACCUGCUCCAGCGAUGCCAAGUUGUCCAGAUUGAGUCAUUGAAGACUACAGAGACAGAGCGAAUUCUAAUGCAAGACGUUGGAUUGGAGGAGCCUGUUCUCACUAAUACAGAGGAGGAGGAAGAGGAGGUGGAGGAUGGGGAAGAAGCAGACACAGGCCUCCUGCAGCAGGACGCGGCCAGACAGACUCUGGAGGAGAAGCUACAGCCUAAUCUCCAUGUGUUGGGGCUCCUCUUCCUCAGCAAGCCUAUGAGCCAUGCCUUCAACUUCAUCCUACUCUUCCAGUUUGUGUCUAUUGGGAUCAGCUAUGUCCUAGCUGGCAGUGAGGCCUACGCCGCUCUUCUACAUGUGAGCCAUAUCUAUGUCAUUCCUGGGUUUACCUGGACACUCUCUCUUGGAAUCCUGCUGGCUCAGACGGUCAUUCAGCCAAUCACGUCGCUACUGACCCUCCUGAAAGGCAUCAUGCUGAUCAUCACAGUGGCCGUGACAUUUGCUUUGGGGUCAGAAGUUCAACAGGAGACCACAAAUGACUUCAGCCAAAUUGGUAAACCUUUCCUAAUGGGCACCGUUGCACUGGGAGGUAUUGUCAACGUGAUGCCUCUCCUGUUCUCAGAAAUAUCUCACAACAAGACACAGAUCAUGUGGUUCAGAAGAGUCAUACUGGGAGGACUAGCCACAUGCACUGUUCUGAAUAUAUUAUGGUGCUGGGCUGUUUUGGAGAUUGUCCCCCAGAUGUCAGUUCAGAGGGUUAUGGGGGAAGGUGUGGUGAACACUACCAGUGGUGUCGUCUCUGAGUCCUCUCCAACAGCCUACACCAUGGUCUUCUCCAACAUCUCCCUGGAGGAGUCAGAGAAAGCAGGAGAGAUUGCAACAAUCCCACUGACAAAGAUAAUCAGUCUGAAAUACCGUCACUACUCGUGGGUGGCAGAGCUGAUCCAGAUUUUUAUUGCCAUCAGUAUAACAGUGUCCUUUCUGGUGAUGGGAUCUGCCAUGAAGCACACAAUUGAUGGCCUUGUGAACUCACACUGGAACACCAAGUUGGAAUGGAUGUCUAAAGUCUGCGAGAGGACAUUACCACAGAGCUUCCACAGAUGCAGUUCAAGAGGUCUUGCCAAUGGGCUCAUAUCUCUGCUUGCAUUUGGAAUCAUUUUUAUUGUCUCGUCGUGUGAUCCAAGGGGAUUUGUGGUGAUGUUGGACAAAGUGGUGUCUUUCUCUUUGAACACUGAAGUUGGGUUGUUCAUCUUUGUGAUGCUGCGAGCCUCCAGAUCAGAGGGAUUUCAACACCUGACUGUGCCUCUGCCCGUGGGCCAGCGGGUCUUCCAACUUCACUGGAUCCUGCCUAUUUACUUCCUGUUUGCUGUGGCCUACGAUGUUAUCCAGAGCAUCGUAGAGAUAGCAGAGAACAAUUUACAGCACUCCUCCCAACCUCUCCUCACCAACUAUUCUCUGAGCUGAGCACUACUGUGAAUGAUGGACGGUAGCCGCAAGCCUGGGAGCCGUGUGGUGGUGAUAACAAUGCUGUGUUCAUUUGCUCAUUCAUGGACGUCAUGCAGCUUCCUCUUGAACAUUAACAGCAUCAGGGAUGUCUCCUACGGUCAACUAUUUAAUGUACUGUAAGGGCUCAAUUCAAUCAGAUCCGUGUUGGUCAACAUCUGCAUAGAGGUUGUUUUGGCGGUGGCAGAUAUGGAACUGCGUUAGCUGUCAAGUCCAAAAGUGACUCCAGGCAUUACACCUAAAGUGGACUUGCCAUUGGCUGCACGAAGUUGCUAUAACAGAAAUUCCAUGCAGCCUUUUUUAGAAGUUUGAACACUGCAAUGUGGGAUGUAGUCUACACCUUGAUUAAGAUUAUUUAGUUUCAUGAUUUUCAAUUUGAGUGAAAUUAUUUCUAUAUAGCCAACACUUUCUUAUUCUGAAUUUCUAGAGAUUUGGGCGGGUGUGGCUUUGUGACAAUGAUGGAAGAGCAGCUGCUCACCGAUUUGAUGGCUCGAACACAGUUCCACCUUCGACAUCGCCUAAACAUCCGUUAUGUGGGUGUCUGUAACCGCAGGUUAACACUUGAUCUGAAUUGAAUCUAGGUCUGUUUCAUUUUUAUGUAAUUGUUUUCAGAGGGCUGUAUUGAAUUACCAGCAGUCAUGCUAUUAGGGAGUCUUUACAGCUCAAUAUAUGCAUUGUUUAACAGCGCAACCAGAGAAUAUACACAAUUAUUUUAGUUUAGACAUUAAAUGUACAGACUGGUGCGUCAUCAAAACAGCCAAUAACUGGUAUGAUGCCACAGCAUGAUGUCUGGGAUCUCACUAUUUAAAAGUUGCCUACAGCUUCUUUCCCUACAAAUGCUUUCAUAUGUAUGUAUCUAACUAGCUGAACAUGUUUAGAAUAAACAGAUAAACAAGGGGAAAAUCCAAUAAAAAAUGAUAUAUUAAUAUCAAAAUAUAUUUUAUUCUGGACUUUUUUUCAGAUCUGGUUCAAAUUACAACAGAUCAAUGCAAUCUGCAAAAACACAUUUUGACUCGAGAAACCAAGGGUGGGGCGUGGGCACUCAUGAUGCAAUGUGGAACCAAAAAAAUAAUUAAACUGGAACAUACUGUACUUGAUUAUCUCCAAUAAUCUUACAUUUUACUCCUUUAGGCUACAAAGAAAUAUGAAUUACAAAAGUUUUAAAAGAGUACAAAAUGUCCAGAGGACAUACACAUAAGAAUAUGAUUAGAAUUCAGGUAGUGAAAAUGAAGGGCAAAGCAGACACUAGGACAGCAGAUUUAUAAAAGAAAAGCUAAAAUAACCUUCCACUGUCAUAGACUGUAUAAUAAAUAGUGUCCAGAUGGUACAAUCUACUUAGAGUAGACAGUUUUUACAGAUUUAAAAGGACUACACUCUGUAUAAAAUGCACAUUUAUGGGAUGGUUGCACAGACCCUGAUUAAACCUACUCUAAUAAUAAACAUCCUCAAUGUUUCAAUUGAAAGUGCUUUUUGAGACCAGGAGUAGGUUUCAUAUGGACCCAUGCAUCUGCCCCUAUAUGUGUAGUGAUAUCCCAAAAAAUAAACCGCUAACAUAAGUCUUAAACCAGGGGAACAAGGGAUCCUGGCCAUGGAUCCUCACAUUUCCAUCAAGCCAAAACCUCAUUCUGCCAUCUGUAAUAUCAGACUGGCUUUCUUU